AUGAAGGCAAAAUUCCUAAUUGUCAAGUGCAACUUGCAGUGUAGAGAACAGGCACAUUUUCACUGUUGUUAUUGCCCAAACACAGUUAUAAGGAAAGUCCAGAUUUUAAAACAUUUAGCAUCAUGCAAUAAAAGACAAGUUCCACCUACAGAACCAGCCACUGUUGAGCCAGCUGCAAUCAGUGAACCAAUUGUCACCUGUGAACCCAUUGACCCCAGUGCAUCAGUUGACAUCAAUGAACCAGUUGCUACCAGUGAACCAAUUGUUCACAGUGCACCAGUUGCCUUUAAAGAACCAGCUGUGGCUGAAGAAGUCCCCUUGCCUGUUAAAUCCGUGCUUGUUCCCAGAAAAUUGCAUAUUCAGAAAAAAGUGCAGUGCGUUCACUGUGGAGUAACUGUCAACAAGAAAAAUCUAGAUGUUCAUGUUAAAAGAAAACACACUAGUAAGAUCUGUGAUGUUACAGAAGAUCGUCACCUACCUUCACAGUGCAUCGACCCAGUGAGUGGUAUAUAUGCGGUUGAAAAGUCAUUUCGCAGACCAUGUUCUGUAAUUCACGUACAGAAAAAAACCUCAGGUCCACAUCCAGUUGUCACAUGUGAAAUGGAUGAAUGCAUUGCCAACGUAGAAUUUGCCACUCGAAGUGGCUUUCAGCACUUUGAGUGUAUACAUUUGAAGUCACUGCAGUUCUGUCCAUGGCCCAGCAGGAUACCAGUUGUCCUUGAUGAAGAUGUCCUGGUAGACAUGAUAGCUGCAAAUGUGUUUGGGGAACAGACCAAGACAACCUGUGUGGCGACAAAGGCAGCAGCAAAUGCGGCUGGUGUUCCACUCUCUGUUGAGUUGACUAUUGGAGGUCCUUCUACAAAGAAGUAUAUUUCUGUGUAUGAACCCAAAGUGUCAUACUACAGCAGACUUGGUAGAGUCAUUGCUUCCUAUGACAGCGCUCGCAACACAUGGCAUUGUCCCUGUGCAAAGCCAAGAAGAUCUUGUUUGCACAAAAACAUAGCCAGGUGGCAUCUUUUCCAGCUACACAGGCAGUUGUUUGUAUCAUCACCCUCCGACAUACCUGCACAGGGCCUAGCACAAGAACAUGCUUGUCAGGAAAGUACCAGAUUGGAAUAUCCUCCCAGUGGUGAAGGUCUCAAACAGAUGGUGUAUUACCUGAUGAAAAACAAAACUCUACCAGCCGAACUCCCCCAGAAAUACAUCACAGGCUCAAUGACAAUCAAUGACAUUCCCAAACACCUUGUGCCAAAGGAGACUGUUUGUUCUGAAUGUAUGGGCAAUGUGGUCCUCAGUGAGCCAGUGUUGAUUACUUCUAAAGGAAAGCUUAUAACCUACACUGGCAUUGUUGAGGGAUUUUCUACAUACUACCGCAUGUGCAGCAAUUGUGGUCUAAAAUACCGUUAUCAAGAGUGGACUGAUGGUCUUCACAAUUUUGAUGAUCAUUUGCUGAUGUCAUUACACAUGUGCAUUAUCCUGCGCCAUUCAAUCCAGACUCAUCAUGCCAUUAGCAGAGCUGUCGAGGUUUUAGAGACCACAACACAACAGAAAUUUCCAAGUAAAGACAAAAUCCUUCAUGCGUACAUGCAUUUUGAAGCACUAACAGACCACACAUACACAUACUCCUGUGUUAAGUGUGGCUACCAUCCAGCAGUUGUUGUGAUGGAUCUUCACAAAAAGGCAGCAUUUAAUAUGCCUGUGAGUGACAUUCCUGCUCCACCACCUGAGUAUGAUGGUCGAGUCAAUAUGAAAGACUUCUGGGCAUCCGUAACUGCCGAAAUAGUUUGCCAGGGCCUGUUGGACAGUGCUUGUCAAAAUCCUUUUCUGGUGUCACCAUCAUACAACUACUGGGCUCCUUGGAUAGGUCCCAACACCAGAAAAGAAGAUACAGUUUUAAACACGGAGUAUGCCAAGAUGCACGCCCCAAGACCAGCUACUGAAGAUGCUGAACUUGAAGUUACUGAAGAGAGGCUAGAAGAAGUGCUUACCAAUCUUAAGGUGGAUGUGGUGCGAAGCCUUUGCAAGCAGUGUGGUCUAGACCCAUCAGGCUCCAAAAUGGAUCUUGUUUUAAGACUUAGACAGGAGAUGAGAAACCGGUCAUCUUAUGACAAGGUCUUCCAGAAGGUGUGGGGGGCUUCAGGGGGCUGGGCAGUCAUCACAUGCCCCUGUGGAGUUGUGUAUUCGCUGAAGUUCCUUAUUCAGGCAGAGUCUCCACGUGACUAUGCAGAUUGUCUUUUGUCUUUUAAACAUUUCCCAAAUAUCAAUAUCUAUGACUUUGCAAGGGGCUUAGCCACACACACUAACCUAAGGGAGCCAGAACGUGUCCCUUUCAGACCUUAUGAGGGACGACUAAAAGAGCCCACUCCAGAAAAUAUCAAGCUGGCCGUUGAGGGUAAGCUGAAAGUAAACCACCUUUGGUUGAAGGAAAAGAAGGACAACGUGGACCCAGACUGUCACCCUGUUACAGGUUCAGCUGAACAUUAUGCACUUUAUGAUCUGUUUCAUGAAAAGAACACAAAAGACGCUCGAGAUGCACUGCGUAAAAUUCAGAUAGUCCCAGAAUUGGCAGGCUGGGUGAACAGUCAAUGUGCUGAACAGCUUUUUUCUGACAUGAGAAAAAACAAUUACUUCCUCAACACACUCACUCCAUCUGGACACAUUUUCUUGAUGCGAAAUAUACUGCAGCAUUAUAACACAAAACGAAAUAAGAAGAUGGAAGAUGGCAUCAGAAAGAUUGUACCACAGAAUGCCCAGUUGCAUUUAGAUGAAAAUGGCCAAAUAAUAAUGGAAGCCACAGCUUCAGAUGGGACACUAGCACCGACCGCUUCAGAUGGGACACCAGCAUCCGUGGCUAGGCUGAUGUGUGCAGAAAGGGAAAUAAAAGACUUCAGGCGCUGGGAAUGCCCGAAGACUUUGCAUGACUAUGUGUUGGAUUGCACAAAGCCACAGAAUGAAGUCAUUGGUUCUGUUGGCACAACAGUCUUAAGAAGAGCAGACUGUGUUGGCUUGGGAACCAGCUGCCAACUAGAGGCAACAGUUGCAAACUGCUGUCUUUCAUUGAUAUGCCACCUAGCUGGACAGAAGGGAUUAGAUGUCCUUGCUGUGGAUUCCUAUGUAUUGGCAUGUUGGAGUCCACCUCAUUGCGUAGACCCUUUUGAAUCGCUACCAGCAGAUGCAGCACUUAAAGACUGCAUAUUAUUUCCGAUAUGGACACCUGGACACUGGCACCUGUGUGAUAUUCCAUCACAAAGAGACAGCUUGGACUGUGGAGUGUUCAUGCUGAUGUAUGCACUAUACAUUACUUUUGAGUGGCCAUUUGAUUUCAGCCAGACAGACAUGCCUUACAUUCGCGAGUGCUGGCUGAACCUAGUAUUAAAGUGCAUGAGCCACAAAAGGGAAGCCUCAAGCCUCAAGGAGCAUCAAGUGGACUACAUGUAUGGUUGUUCCAAGGACCAUGGGAUUAUUGUGGUAUAAUGUCUGAG